GGGGAGGCGUCCAUGCGCAGAGCCUCAUACAAUCCCGUCUGAGGGGGGAGAGGCGCCGACAUAUUAUUUGUCCUGAGAGGGAGGGGAGAGGCUGUAAUAAACAUCACACGGAGGGGCUUGCGCUUCUCCUCCAGGGACACGGAGCUCAGCCGCAGGGGACACUCGGGACGAGCAAAAUAAGGUUGUACUAUGAACGGUGACUCAAACGCUGGGGUGGUGACUUCACCACCCCCAACAAACGCUCCCCAUAAAGAGAAAUAUUUUGACCGCGUGGACGAGAACAACCCAGAAUACUUAAGAGAGCGGAACAUGGCACCUGACCUUCGCCAGGACUUCAACAUGAUGGAGCAGAAAAAGAGAGUCUCCAUGAUCCUUCAGAGUCCGGCAUUUUGUGAUGAACUGGAAACAAUGAUCCAAGACCAACUCAAAAAAGGAAAAAACCCGACUGGCUUGUUGGCACUGCAACAGAUAGCAGACUUCAUGACCACAACUGUCCCAAGUGUUUACCCACCAGCUCCUCAAGGCGGAAUGGCAUCAUUAAACUUAAGCUUAGGAAUGGUAACUCCUGUGAACGAUCUUAGGGGAUCCGAUUCCAUUGCCUACGAAAAGGGCGAGAAAUUGCUUCGAUGUAAGCUGGCAGCGUUUUAUCGAUUGGCCGAUUUGUUUGGGUGGUCUCAACUGAUCUACAAUCACAUUACUGUCAGAGUGAGUUCAGAGCAAGAACACUUCCUCAUUGUUCCCUUCGGACUCCUCUACAGCGAAGUUACUGCCUCUAGUUUGGUGAAAAUCAAUCUUCAAGGUGACAUGGUGGACCGUGGCAGUACAAACCUAGGAGUGAAUAAAGCCGGCUUCGUAUUGCAUUCCGCUAUUUAUGCAGCCCGACCUGAUGUGAAGUGCAUUGUUCAUAUCCAUACCCCUGCUGGGGCUGCAGUGUCCGCCAUGAAAUGUGGCUUACUGCCACUUUCGCCAGAAGCCCUGUGUCUAGGAGAGGUGGCGUAUCACGAUUAUCAUGGCAUACUGGUUGAUGAAGAGGAGAAAACACUAAUACAGAAAAACUUGGGUCCAAGAAGUAAAGUGCUCAUUCUCCGAAAUCAUGGGCUCGUAACUAUGGGCGAAACCGUUGAAGAGGCUUUUUAUUACAUUCACAGUCUUGUGUCUGCCUGUGAGAUUCAGGUACGCACCCUUGCAAGUUCAGGGGGACCAGACAACUUGGUACUAUUAGAUCCUGGUAAAUACAAAAAGUCUCGUUUACCCGAGUCACCAUCUGGCGACACAGUUGCACAUCCGAAGUGGCUUCUUGGGGAGCAAGAAUUUGAAGCCCUCAUGCGAAUGCUGGAUAACCUAGGAUACAGAACCGGCUACCCCUAUAGAUGUCCUGCCCUGCGAGACAAGGCCAAGAAGUACAGUGACGUUGAGAUCCCUGCCAGCGUAACUGGCUAUUCCUUUGCCAGUGAUGGUGACUCAGGCACAUGUUCUCCUCUCAGACACAGUUUUAUGAAACAGCAACGUGAGAAGACAAAGUGGCUGAACUCUGGUAGAGCAGAUGAAGCCUCAGAUGAAGGGCAGAACGGAGGCAGCCCCAAGUCGAAGACUAAGUGGACUAAAGAGGAAGGGCUUAGAACUGCCACCUCUGCCGUCCCUAACCUGUUUGUCCCUCUGAACACAAACCCCAAAGAAGUGCAAGAAAUGAGGAACAAGAUCAGAGAGCAGAAUUUACAAGACAUUAAAACUGCCGGACCUCAGUCCCAGGUCCUCUGUGGCGGCAUGAUGGACAGAAGUGUAGCACAGAGACUAUCUGUGUACAAGGACGCGCCUCUUUCAGACUGUUCGGAAACUAUUGACGGGUUCGAUCUGUCAGAGCAGGCCUUUAGUCCAGCUAAAAUCUACUCAGUUAGAAAGGGAGAGCUGAUUACAGCUUCAAAAGCAAUUAUUGAGAAAGAGUACCAGCCAAGGGUCAUAAUCAGCACAGCCGGGCCAAAUCCCUUCAACAAACUGACGGACCGAGAGCUGGAAGAGUAUCGGCAGGAAGUGGAGCGCAAGCAGAAAGAUGCUGAAGCUGCCUCCAUCCCAAGUAGUGGAGUCAUGGAGGAUCAAUCGCCGUGUACCGACCUGAAAAGUCCCGGUAGAAGUUCUGCACAUGCUCAAGUAGAGUUGGUCAAAGUUCAGAAUCCGUCGGGUCAGGCCAAGGUUCUGCCACCAGAUGUAUCCGAAGAAGUGAUCAAAGAAUGUGGCAGUUUACCAGUGAUUGAGGUGUCUACUCCAAAGUUAGAGGAGGACAUGGAUGGUUCUAUAGGAAAGACAAACGAAACGGAGUCUCCCCACAUAGAGUUUCACACGGCUGUCAUCCGAGCUCUCAACAUCAGUCCGAUUCUUGUGCCUGGUUCUGCAGGACCCCCAGAAGAAUUGACAGAACAGAAGGAUAUCCCCCCUGAACAUUCUCAAACCCGCACACCCCCUAGCACUCCUAUUAAGCAAGAGGAAGAAUCUCAGCACGAACAGACCUACAGAGAUGACAGUGACGCCGCCACCUUUAAGCAGACUCUCCCCGACCUUACUCCAGACGAGCCAUCCGAAUCCCUCUGCUUCCCAGCGCCUGCAAAACCAAAUGAAGAAGAAAAGGCUCCCGCGGAGGAACCCCCGCAGAUCGACACAGAGACCGCCGCCUCUCCUGAAAAACCUAAAGAACCCGAACCUCAGAACAUUGAGCCUCCGCCUGCAGCGGAGGACGCAGCGCAGGCAGACGCUGCCCAGCCAGCUGAUACAGCGCAGGCAGAGGCAGGCAGCGACGAGUCUCCAGGAAAAUCCCCCUCCAAAAAGAAGAAGAAAUUCCGCACUCCUUCCUUCCUGAAGAAGAACAAAAAGAAGAGCGAGUCCUAAAGAGCUGCGGGGACACUGUCAUGUUUCUGAGAGUCAGUUCAGUAACCACUAGAAUGUACCCAUCGUAUAGUUUUUCUUUUCUUUACAUAAAGGAAUGCCCACUGAACCUGCUAGUUGUAGCUUGACUGUGAAAAGGUUAACCCAGGCAAAUGUCUCCUUCCACGUAAGGUGCUAACCUGUAUGUUCAGCAGCUGGUCACUCCAAGCUGUUCACUAGAUGUUCCUCCACCAGACGUCAGUCCUUUUAACUUUUCAGGUUUUUUGUUGUUGUUUUUUUUACUUUUUUAUUUUAUUUUAGCUUGUAUAUUACUUACUGCACUCCAACCACCCCUGAAGAUGGCUUCCCCUAGCAUGUCUCUUGUAAAUAUCAGGCUUCUGCUUUCACUACCAAGGGGGGGAAUGACCUAAACCCGCAGCACAGCUUUCCCUUAAAGCAACAUGAUCCUUUUUAUCUGGCAGCGCCUGCAUUCAUCCCAUCCCUGUGCACCGAGCUGCUUCCAGUGUUACCAAUAACCCUUUCCUAGCCAGCCCGCUCACAUUUCAGUGCAUUCAGAGACGACUCUGUUCUCGCUCACUAAUUAUAGCUGAUAACGGCUAUUUGCAAGCGUCAUUGUGUUCUUUUUAUAUCACUAGGAACUGCUGCUGCCUUAAAGACAUGGAAUGAAUUGCCUAGACCACUUUUCUUUCGCCCCCGUCCAUCUGUCUGCAGCUUUUAUUUUAUUUUUCAUUCCCUGUUCUAAUGGAUGAAUAUGAAUUUAUUUUAUUUUUUUAGUUGAAGGUGUAUUCACUGCAUACACAUAGGAGUCCCUGACAUAUGUCGUUACGAUCAAACAUGGCGGGCUUUCAUCCUAAAUUCUGCUUUGAAAUAGGAGUACCACGGUAUAUUGGUGGACAGGUUGCAUCCCUGAGCAUAGUAGCUGUUCACACUGACUGUAGGUAGCUGCCCUUUCCUAUUUGGGGCUCGGUAGUCACUUCUGUAACUAUAGGCCAAUUCUUGCUCCAUAUAGCAAACCAUAUACAUACAUACAUUCCUGUUGGAAGUAUAGCAGCUACCAUAGGAAGAUGGCUGCGUGGCAUUGUCUUAAUAACCAAAAUGUGAAUGCACCUUCGGUCUGCCAUUUCUACACGAUCCAUAUCGAUGCUGAGCGUUAAACCAUUGCAUUUACUAAUGACCAGUUUUAUUUAAAGGGGUUGCGAAAGAAUGGGAGGGGGGGGUUCGGCCGGCCCUGUAAAGGAAGCAUUACUUACCGGUUUCCCUGCCUCUUCUCCUGCGAUGGACUCCCUGGUUGGACAUUGCCUCAGUCAAUCUCUGGCUGCGGCGGUGACUGGCUCCCCUUACAUCAUGACCAACUGUCACGUGACACAAGGGGAAACGGCCAGUGAUUGGCUGAGGUGAUGUCAAACCAUACGUUGACAUCGAGGGUCGCC